AUGGCGACAAAAGAAAAGAAGGAGAAGAAGUCCAAGUCUUCCCGAUCGGAAUCGAAGGCUGAGAAGCCUGAGAAGGUCGUUGAGAUCGAAAAGACCGAAACCGAAACCACAGAAGCAAAUGAUGUCGACAUGGCAGAGUCUGAACCCGCGUCCUCGUCCAAGCGCAAGAUCGAACUUGAGGAAAUCGAAGUCAACGUAGACGCUCCCGAGCCCCCGUCCAAGCGCGCAAAGCGUGCGCUCAAGAAGGGCAAGGCAUUGCCUGCGAAGCAAGACAGCGACGACGAGAAGAAGGAGGAUGCCAAGGACAAGAAGACCCGAUCAGAGCACAGCGUCUGGAUUGGUAACCUGCCUUUCUACGUCACGCCUGUCGAGAUGCGCAAAUGGCUUGUGAAUAACUCUGGAGGUGUCAUCACCGACGAGAUGAUCACUCGUAUCAAGCUACCAACAAACAAGGAGCCUGGCCGAGACAAGAGCGUCAAGCCCACGAACAAGGGAUUUGCCUACGUCGAUUUCUCAGACAUUGGACCCAAGGUCUCUGCCAUCUCGCUCACUGAGAAUGACCUCGGCGGCCGAAAACUCCUCAUCAAGGAUGCGACAUCUUUCGAGGGCCGACCCAAGAAGGAGGCUGAGGCUGCUGAGGAUGCUGCCGACGGCAAGACCGCUACAGAGCAAAAGCAAGAUACCAAUGCCAGUCGAAAGAUUUUUGUGGGCAACAUGGGCUUCAAGACAACCGACGAGGACCUGUCCAGAAACUUCGAAAAGUGUGGCGAGAUUGAAUGGGUCAAGGUUGCCACGUUCGAGGACACUGGAAAGUGCAAGGGCUACGGCUGGGUCAAGUUCGUAGAGCCCGAGGCUGCGGCGUGGGCCGUUAAGGGCUUUGUCAAGAUUAAGGAAGCGAUCGAGACAGAAGAGGACUUCAAGGACGACGAAGAGAAGGACAAGUCUCAACAGAAGCAGUUCAAGACGCGCAAGUGGUGGGUGAACCGAUUGAUGGGCCGCGAGCUCAAGAUCGAGCUGGCCGAGGAUGACCAAGCGCGGUACAAGAAGCGAUUCGGCAAGGACAGAAAGGCGGCCGAAAACGACAGCAACCCACGAGGCCGUCCUCCACCGCGCAGAAACGACCGGGGUGACAACAGAUCGGGCGAGAACAACGGCGCCGGUGAGGCUACGACAAAGCCUCUUAAGGAGGCCGAAGAUAUUGCUGUUGCGAGAUUGACGGGUGCGGUGGUGAAGCACACGGGUUCCAAGAUGACGUUUGAUUAA